CCGAGGGGCGCCGCGCCCGUGGCAGGGCUCCUCUUAAAGGGGCCGCGCUCCCUGGCCGCUGUCGGGCGUUGGGAAGGCGGCAAGAGCUGGGUGGGGUCCUGGAACGGUGAGAGGGACCCAGACAGGGCGGAAGGCCCGAGACUCGGGAAUGCAGGGUUCCACCAUGGCCUUCUGGACACAGCUGAUGUUGCUGCUCUGGAAGAAUUUCACAUAUCGCCGGAGACAACCGCUCCAGCUCCUGGUCGAGUUGUUGUGGCCUCUCUUUCUCUUCUUCAUCUUGGUGGCAGUACGCCACUCCCAUCCCCCAUUGGAGCACCAUGAAUGCCACUUCCCCAACAAGCCUCUGCCAUCGGCGGGCACCGUGCCCUGGCUCCAGGGCCUCAUCUGCAAUGUGAACAACACCUGCUUCCUGCACCCAACGCCGGGCGAGGAGGCCGGGCUCCUCAACAACUUCAACGACUCCCUGGUCUCCCGGCUCCUAGCUGAUGCCCGCACCGUGCUGGGGGGUCCCAGUGCCCACAGGACGCUGGCUGGCCUGAGGAAGGUGAUACCCAUGCUGAGGACCACACACAGCGCAGCCCAGCCUCGACAGAGUGACCGGACACAGCAGCAACCUUCCCUGCCCACUGAGCUGCUGGCGUCGCUGCUGCAGGGGGAAUCCCUGGGGUCUGUGCUGAGCCAAGCCCAGGAGUCCCUGGGCAGCUUUGUGGAGGCAGCUGAGGACCUGGCCCUGGAGCUUCUGGCACUGCCCAGCCUGGCGGAGCUUCGGACACUGCUGCGGAGACCCCAAGGGACAGGUGGCCCUCUGGAGUUAGUGUCAGAAGCCCUCUGCAGUGCCAGGGGGCCCAGCAGCCCAGGGGGCCCCUCUCUCAACUGGUACGAGGCUAGUGACAUUCGGGAGUUGGUGGGGCCGGAGCCAGCAUCGGCCCUGCCGGACAAUAACCUGAGCCCCGCCUGCUCUGAGCUGAUUGGAACCCUGGGGGACCACCCACUGUCCCGCCUACUCUGGAGGCACGUGAAGCCAUUGCUCUUGGGGAAACUGCUGUUUGCACCUGACACACCUUUCACCAGGCAGCUCAUGGCAGAGGUGAACCGGACCUUCGAGGAGCUGGCUCUGCUGCAGGACGUCCAGGAGGCCUGGGGCGUGCUGGGACCCCAGAUCUUCACCUUCAUGAACAACAGUGCAAAUGUGGCCGUGCUGCAGAGGCUCUUGCAAGUGCAGGACAAAGGGAAGAGGCAGCCAGCCCCUGGAGGCCCCGACCGCAGGGAGGCCCUUCAAUCCUUUCUGGACCCUGGCCGUGGCGGCUACAGCUGGAGGGACGCCCAUGCCGAUGUGGGACGCCUGGUGACCACGCUGGGCCAUGUGAUGGAGUGCGUGUCCCUGGACAAGCUGGAGGCAGCGCCCUCAGAGGCGGCUCUGGUGUCGCGGGCUCUGCAGCUGCUCGCGGAGCGCCGCUUCUGGGCCGGCGUCGUCUUCUUGGGGCCCGAGGACUCCCCGGACCCCGCAGAUAACCCAGCCCCAGGCCCAGGCCCCGGCCACGUGCGCAUCAAGAUCCGCAUGGACAUUGACGUUGUCACCAGGACCAAUAAGAUCAGGGACAGGUUUUGGGACCCAGGUCCGGCCGCGGACCCCCUAACUGACCUGCGCUACGUGUGGGGCGGCUUCGUGUACCUGCAGGACCUGCUGGAGCGUGCAGCCGUCCGCGUGCUCAGCGGCGCCGCCCCUCGCGCCGGCCUCUACCUGCAGCAGAUGCCCUACCCGUGCUACGUGGACGACGCGUUCCUGCGUGUGCUGAGCCGGUCGCUGCCGCUCUUCCUGACGCUGGCCUGGAUCUACUCGGUGGCGCUGACGGUGAAGGCCGUGGUGCGCGAGAAGGAGACGCGGCUGCGCGACACCAUGCGCGCCAUGGGGCUCAGCCGCACCGUGCUGUGGCUGGGCUGGUUUCUCGGCUGCCUGGGGCCCUUUCUUCUCAGCACCGCGCUGCUGGUGCUGGUGCUCAAGCUGGGGGACAUCCUCCCCUACAGCCACCCGGUCGUGGUCUUCCUGUUCUUGGCGGCCUUCGCGGUGGCCACGGUGGUCCAGAGCUUCUUACUGAGCACCUUCUUUUCCCAUGCCAACCUGGCAGCGGCCUGCGGCGGCCUGGCCUACUUCGCGCUCUACCUGCCCUACGUGCUGUGCGUGGCCUGGCGGGACCGGCUGCCCACGGGCGGCCGCGUGGCUGCGAGUCUGCUGUCGCCCGUGGCUUUCGGCUUCGGCUGUGAGAGCCUGGCGCUGUUGGAGGAGCAGGGUGAGGGCGCGCAGUGGCACAACGUGGGCACCGGGCCCACCGGAGACGUCUUCAGCCUGGCCCAGGUCUCGGGCCUUCUGCUGCUGGAUGCCGCGCUCUACGGCCUCGCCACCUGGUACCUGGAGGCUGUGUGCCCAGGCCAGUAUGGGAUCCCUGAACCGUGGAAUUUUCCCUUUCGGAGGAGCUACUGGUGUGGGCCCCGGGCCCCCAAGGGUCCUGCCCCUUCUGCUGCCCCGCAGGACCCAAAUGUGCUGGUGGAAGAGGCGCCGCCGGGCCUCAGUCCUGGAGUCUCGGUUCGCGGCCUGGAGAAGCGCUUUCCUGGCAGUACGCAGCCAGCCCUGCGUGGGCUCAGUCUGGACUUCUAUCAGGGACACAUCACGGCCUUCCUGGGUCACAAUGGGGCCGGCAAGACGACCACACUGUCCAUCCUGAGCGGUCUCUUCCCACCCAGCGGUGGCUCCGCCUUCGUCCUGGGCCAUGACGUCCAGUCCAGCAUGGACGCCAUCCGGCCCCACCUGGGCGUCUGUCCCCAGUACAACGUGCUGUUUGACAUGCUGACCGUGGGUGAGCACGUCUGGUUCUACGGGCGGUUGAAGGGGCUGAGUGUGGCUGCUGUGGGGCCCGAGCAGGACCGUCUCCUGCAGGACGUGGGGCUGGUCCCCAAGCAGCAUGUGCAGACUCGCCACCUCUCCGGUGGGAUGCAGCGGAAGCUGUCUGUGGCCAUCGCCUUUGUGGGGGGCUCUCACGUUGUAAUCCUGGACGAGCCCACAGCUGGUGUGGACCCCACUUCCCGCCGCAGCAUUUGGGAUCUGCUGCUCAAAUAUCGCAAAGGUCGCACACUGAUCCUCUCCACCCACCACCUGGAUGAGGCUGAGCUCCUGGGAGAUCGCGUGGCGGUGGUGGCAGGUGGCCGCCUGUGCUGCUGUGGUUCCCCGCUCUUCCUGCGUCAUCACUUGGGCUCUGGCUACUACUUGACGCUGGUGAAGGGUCCCCCGCCCCUGACCACCAGUGGGAAGGGUGACACUGACUGGGAGAACACCGUGCAUGCCAGGCAGGAACAGAAAACUGGCAGCCCAGUGGGUGCCUCCCAGCUGCUGGCCCUGGUACAGCGCUGGGUGCCCGGGGCCCGACUGGUGGAGGAGCUGCCGCACGAGCUGGUGCUGGUGCUGCCCUAUGUGGGUGCCCUCGACGGCAGCUUUGCUGAGCUCUUCCGGGAGCUGGACGGGCGGCUGGGGGAGCUGCAGCUUGCCAGCUACGGGAUCUCGGACACCAGCCUCGAGGAGAUCUUCCUGAAGGUGGUAGAGGACCAUGCGGUGGACACAAAGGCAGAGGACGGCAGCAGCGAGCAGCACCUGCGCGUGGGCACUGCUGCGCCAGGCACUACCAUGCGGCUCAAGAUGCCACCGGAGGAGUCGGCCCUGGAGAAUGGAGAGCCGGGGUCGGUGCCGGAGACCCAGGCCCUGAAGGGCUCUGGAACUGACGCCAGAGGCCUGGUACAGGGCUGGGCGCUGACCUGCCAACAGCUCCGGGCCCUGCUCCUCAAGCGCUUCCUGCUUGCCCGCCGUAGCCGCCGCGGACUGUUCGCACAGAUUGUGCUGCCUGCCCUCUUUGUGGGCCUGGCCCUGGUGUUCAGCCUCAUCGUACCUCCUUUCGGGCACUAUCCGGCCCUGCGGCUCAGCCCCACCAUGUACGGCGCCCAGGUGUCCUUCUUCAGCGAGGACACACCCGGGGACCCUGCACGAGCCCACCUGCUCACAGUGCUGCUGCGGGAGGCCGGACUGGAGGAGCCCCCCCUGCACAAUAGCUCCCGCAGGUCCCCAGAGUGCGUAGAGCCCCUCCCCUGCCGGUUCUCGGUGCCCGAAGUUCCCGCCAGCGUGGCCAAGGUCUUGGCCAGCGGAAACUGGACCCCAGAGUCUCCGUCCCCAGCUUGCCAGUGCAGCCGGCCCGGCGUCCGCCGCCUGCUGCCCCACUGCCCACUGGCCGCCGGGGGACCCCCUCCGCCCCAGGCAGUGACCAGCUCGGGGGAAGUGGUACAGAACCUGACGGGCCGGAACCUGUCCGACUUCCUGGUCAAGACCUACCCGCGCCUGGUGUACCAGGGCCUGAAGACUAAGAAGUGGGUGAAUGAGGUCAGGUAUGGAGGCUUCUCACUGGGUGGCCGAGACCCAGGCCUGCCCUCGGGACACGAGGUGGGCCGCUCCGUGGAGGAGCUGCGGGCACUGCUGAGCCCCCCACCCGGAGGGGCCCUUGAGCGUGUCCUGAACAACCUCACAGCGUGGGCUCACAGCCUGGAUGCUCGGGACAGCCUCAAGGUCUGGUUCAACAACAAAGGCUGGCACUCCAUGGUGGCCUUCGUCAACCGAGCCAACAACGCACUCCUACAUGCCCACCUGCCUCCAGGCCCCACCAGCCGUGCCCACAGCAUCACCACAUUCAACCACCCAUUGAACCUCACCAAGCAGCAGCUGUCUGAGGUUGCACUGAUGGCCUCGUCUGUGGAUGUCCUCGUCUCCAUCUGUGUGGUCUUUGCCAUGUCCUUCGUCCCAGCCAGCUUCACCCUUGUCCUCAUCGAGGAGCGUGUCACCCAAGCCAAACACCUGCAACUCAUGGGGGGUCUGCCCCCCACCCUCUACUGGCUCAGCAACUUUCUCUGGGACAUGUGUAACUACUUGGUGCCAGCGUGCAUCGUGGUGCUCAUAUUUCUGGCCUUCCAGCAGAAGGCAUACGUGGCUCCUGCCAACCUGCCUGCUCUCCUGCUAUUGCUACUACUAUACGGCUGGUCCAUCACACCACUAAUGUACCCCGCCUCCUUCUUCUUCUCCGUGCCCAGCACGGCCUAUGUGGUGCUCACCUGCAUCAACCUCUUUAUUGGCAUCAAUGGCAGCAUGGCCACCUUCGUGCUUGAACUCUUCUCUGAUCAGAAGCUGCAGGAGGUGAGCCGGAUCUUGAAACGGGUUUUCCUUAUUUUCCCCCACUUCUGCCUGGGCCGAGGACUCAUCGACAUGGUGCGGAAUCAGGCCAUGGCUGAUGCCUUUGAGCGCUUGGGAGACAGGCAAUUCCAGUCACCCCUGCGCUGGGAGGUGGUUGGCAAGAAUCUCUUGGCCAUGGCGGUACAGGGGCCGCUCUUCCUCUUCUUCACUCUCCUGCUGCAGCACCGCAACCAUCUCAGGCCACGACCCAAGCUGAGGUCACUGCCACCCCUGGGGGAGGAAGAUGAAGAUGUGGCUCAUGAGCGGGAGCGGGUGGUCCAAGGGGCCACCCAGGGGGACGUGUUGGUGCUGAAGGACUUGACCAAGGUAUACCAUGGGCAGAGGAUACCAGCUGUUGACCGCCUAUGUCUGGGGAUCCCCUCUGGUGAGUGUUUCGGGCUGCUGGGCGUGAAUGGAGCAGGGAAAACGUCCACCUUUCGUAUGGUGACCGGGGACAUGCUGCCCAGCGGAGGCGAGGCUGUGCUGGCAGGUCACAGUGUGGCCCACGAACCGGCUGCUGCGCACCGUAGCAUGGGCUACUGCCCUCAGUCUGAGGCUAUUUUCAGCCUGCUGACUGGCCGCGAGCACCUGGAGCUGUUUGCGCGCCUGCGAGGUGUCCCUGAGGUGCAAGUGGCCCAGAUAGCAAGCUCGGGCUUGGUGCGCCUGGGACUCCUACGGUACGCGGACCAGCCUGCGGGCACUUACAGCGGAGGGAACAAACGGAAGCUGUCCACGGCCAUGGCACUGGUUGGGGACCCAGCUGUGAUCUUUUUGGACGAGCCGACCACAGGCAUGGACCCCAGUGCACGGCGCUUCCUCUGGAACAGCCUCCUGGCCGUGGUGCGGGAGGGCCGCUCGGUGGUGCUCACCUCCCACAGCAUGGAGGAGUGUGAGGCGCUCUGCACGCGCCUGGCCGUCAUGGUGAAUGGGCGGUUCCGCUGCCUGGGCAGCGUGCAGCACCUCAAAAGCAGAUUCGGGGCCGGCCACACACUGACCCUGCGGGUGCCGGUGGAGCGGUCCCAGUCGGCAGCAGCCUUCGUGACAGCGGCGUUCCCAGGGACAGAGCUGCGCGAGGCGCAUGGUGGCCGCCUGCGCUUCCAGCUGCCGCCGGGAGGGCGCUGCACCCUAGCGCGCGUCUUUGGAGAGCUAGCGGCGCACCGCGCAGAGCACGGUGUGGAGGACUUCUCUGUGAGCCAGACCACGCUGGAGGAGGUCUUCCUGUACUUGUCUAAGGACCAGGGGAAGGAAGAGGAGGACCAGAAGGAGCAGGAGGCAGGAAUGGGCGUGGACCCUGUGCCAGGCCCACAGCGCCCCAGGCGGUUCCUGGAUGACCCCAGCAUGGCUGAGACCGUGCUCUGAGCCUCCCUCCACUGCCAGGCUGGUGGGAGGCCCUGGGAGUGGCAAAGGAAGGACUCAGGCUCCCAGGGGUGCCACUGCCCUGGAGGAAAUAAAAACACUGGCUCGGAGCAUGGUGGGGAAACAGUGUGCAUGUGU